AUGUCGCAAUAUAUCGUCUAUCCAACCAUCCUCGCACGUGUUAAAUCUGGAGGCUAUCUUCUAGAUGUUGGAUGCUGCUUAGGGCAAGAGCUACGAAAGCUAGUUCAUGAUGGCGCGACGGCUUCCAAUCUCUACGGCCUUGAUACCGACCAAGGCUUUCUGGAUCUAGGAUUCGAAUUCUUCCGUGACAAAGAAACUUCGGGCAUACAUUUCAUGGUGUCUGAUUUUUUGGAGAAAAAUGACGAGGUGUCAAAAUCGGUACCCAAGAUGGAUAUCGUUCAUCUCGGCCUUUUUCUUCAUCUCUUCGAUUGGGAUAAACAAGUCGAGGCAUGUGAGAAGGUGAUCCGUUUGCUGAAGCCAGAAAAGAGAGUACUCAUCAUCGGACAACAGAUGGGCAUGUUGGAAGCUCGGGAAGACAUUAGAGGCACGAAAAAGAUAUUCGCACAUAAUGUGGAAAGUUUUAAGCGGUUGUGGAUUGAGAUUGGUCAAAAGACACAGACGGAGUGGAACGUAAAGGCGCAGCUGGAUGACGGGUUGGCUCCUAGUGAGGAGAACGGUCAAUGGAUUCCACCUGACCGAAGAAGAUUGGUAUUCGAAGUCGAAAGGCUGUAG